AUGCUAAGUCUGAAUUUUCCUUGCACUGAUACACCACAUGCGCCACUUGCUGAUGCAUUCGAAGUGGAUGAUUUUUUAUUGGACGAUUGUUGCAAUUUAUCAGUUACUGAUACUAUUAAUGCAGCACUAACUGGAGGAAGCGAGUUGUCAGUUGGCAAUGAAGAUGAAGAAGAAAUGGAGCAAGAUGAGUCGGAUAUGUUUAAUGAAGUGAUCAAUGAUGAUUCUUUUUCUGAGGAUGAAAGUGGGUUGAAUAAAGAAGACGAAUAUCCCGAAUUGAUAAAAACCUGUGGAGAAUCAGCUGUUGAAAGUGAAAGUUAUGAUUUUACCGUGAUGGAUACUGAGAAGGACAUGAACAGUGUUAAUAGGAAAAGAAAGGCUGAUAAUUCGACAACACUCAAGAAAAAACGAGUGAAAUGA